GGUGUUCUCGCGAAUUCAGCAUGGCCGCGAGCUGAGUGUAAACAUUGGAUGAGAGACGUUGGGAUAUAUGGCACAUUUCCCAACCUUGAUCAGAGCAGAGAGAUAUUCUGAGGCCCGUGUUUCCCAGUGUAUGAUGGAUACCAGCUGCUGAAUACCACGAUGCACGCUAGCCCCUCGCACCGCCGGUCUGGAAUACCAGUCACGAAGAACAUGCCCCACGUGACUGCCAGUAUGCCUGGCCGUCACCAACACCGCAACAUGACCGGGAUCUAUCUGGGGCUGGAAGGCAACAUCAAGCCCCCUCAGUCCCAGGGUCCUGUCCCCCCACUGGCCAGAGGGCGUGGCUUGUCGUCAAGGAUCCGGACCACAACAGAGGACAGGAGAUAUAAAAUGGUGGAGAUCCUGCGUCUAAAGGAAGAGAAACGUGGUUUCAGUGGACAACCUCUCCGGAGAAAGGUGAACAUGUCCGAGCGACCCAUGCACCAGUCUCGGGAACAGAUGUCGUCAGCCCGUAAGUGGGGGCCGGCCAAGAGACUGAACCCAAGCAAUGUAGAGGAACUCAUCAAGACAAAUUCUCGGAGUUACACACACAUUGCAAACAGUGGAGUGACACGAUCAGAGAAUCUCACUGGAUGGCCUCAUGACAGUGAUCACAUGUUUGUGCUGCCUGAUCACGUGAUCCAGUCUGCAGUAUCACGGGAGAAUGUCAUGGGUCUGGAGGAAUGCUAUAGGAAAGUUUGUAAGGGAAGUAUCGAGACACUUCAUACGCUCUUGCCAUCAACGUCGGCAAGCCUCAGCACGCAGCAGCAUCGCAGUCAUAGAGACCCAACAGCCUCAUAUGCAGCUACAGGUUUUACUGUCAGGAGUUACCGGAACCCAAACCAGGCUGAAAUAAUCACAGAUUUCCCCCUUCCAAGAACCACUGGGCGCCCCCAAACAGUGCCGAUACGCCGACCACAUGUUCCUCAGCCAUAUUUCUUCCAAUUUUAUAAUCAGACGAAGCUAAUCUCUCCAAACGGUCCACUCUUCCAUAAAGGCACCUCUGGUACCACUGAGGAUGCUGAUAAUGCAGUGAGGAUAUUCGCAUCCCCUGGAGCAGGCAUUCUGUCACAGACGCUACAUCUACAGUCUGCAUUGUCCGAGCCUGACCACCAUCACAAGGAACAAGAGUCGCUGCCACCGUCUUUUUGUCGGACAUUCCAUGGAGCUACUGCUGAUUCACAGCAACUGCAGAUCUCCAUGCCAAUAUCGGCAGACAUCCCUGUAAGUGAAGACGAUCAGACCAACCACACCUCAACUCUCGCGCAGUCACUGAAGAACUGGAGUCACAGCACACAUCUCAGAGAGCGGCACCGGACAGGACCAUGGACGACGACUACCAGAGAGGAGGCGGCUGCGACAGCGCCGAGACGAAGGAGUAUCAGGAUGAGUUGUUGGUCGGCAGGACCCUGAAGAGCUCAAGCAGUGGCGCCGACAUAACUGUGGGUUGGAAAAAGAGGACGGGACAACGGAUCAAGUGGAGAUUGAUGAUGUUGAAGAGGGUGAGGCAGCAGCGGAACCACCUGAGAGUGAGUCUCCCAAAGGAAAUGUGAGGAAAGCGUCAAUAGCUGACAAACUCGUCAAGACUAAACAGUCAGAAGCCAUGAUAGCAACACUCAAGGAGAAUGCAGAGCAGCGACAAAAGGAUUUCCAGAAACUGUUAAAUGAACAUGCAGAGAUUGUGCAGGAGAUAGGGCGUACAGCCAGUUCAGAGAACCUGAUCAGCCAAGCUGAACAUGGAGAACGGGACCAUUAACGCAGUUAUCUCCCUUGGUUGAGGAGCAGACGUCAUUUUGAGGGAGCAGAAGGCAAAUGUUUACAAGCCAAGUGAAACCAUAUUGUUUAACUGACCAUUGAAUGCCAAUCAACUCUACAAUGGACCACAGUUAUGAACAAAGUGGAUACUGGGUGAUCUUUUGGUUCAUAUCCCCAAUGUUGGAUAUAUCUUGAGGUAUAUUGAACAUGGGUCUUCCAAAACAACAUCAUUACAAGACAUUGGACACUCACAUUGUGGAUAUCUUGGUGAAUACGAACAUUUAUACGCCAGAAAUGAUAUCAGGAUAUGUAUAUUUAUAUAGCGUUGGAAUAGGUGUAUGUGAACAUUUAUAUUCCAGUAUAUGGUUUUGAGGAAUACGAACAUUUAACUGGGUUUAUUACCAGCACCAAUAGAAUCCUACUCGAGUACACAGAAUUUAAUGAUGUUUGUUACACUGGGUUGAAAGGGAAUGGAUGUGGAGACUGAAUGAAUAUAUCAAAUUGAAAUGCUUCUCUUUCCAAUGAUUUAGAAGAUGACCGGUGAUCAGUUUGGUUUUAAAAUUAUGGCCAAAAAAAAAAGAAUUCAAUUGUAAAAAAACAUUCUUUAAAAAAAAUGACAUUGCUUUGGGUUGGUGUUUAUAUCUAUAUUUGAACUAAAAUGUGUAUGUACUUCCAGACAUGAAACACAUUUCACUUCUUUUCCAUAUUUCAAAUAUAAGAUUAUCCUUGUCAUAUUGUGAAGUUUCUGUUUUAAAAUCACUUAAUGCAGAAAAUAGGUAAAUUUUAUGAAACUUCAUCUUUUGAUCUUUCAGUUGUCAAAAAACCCUUCAUCGUAAACUUGCAUUUAAUGAUGAGGUGGAGGGAGGUACUCAAAUUUAAGGCCAAAAUAUUAACAAUAACUGGUUCACAGAUAAUGAUGAUUAAAUGUACAUUUUGGUCACAGUUGGUACAUAUUACUGUUUUAGCCAUCAGCCUAUUACUGUUCCAUGAUGACAUAUGGUUUAGAAUCAAGAAACUUGAAAACAUUCUCAGCAUCUUAGCACAGGCAGCCAGAUACCGAUAUCCUUGCCAUGACAAUAGAAGUUCAUGAAAACAUUGGUAGAUGUCAUACAUGCAUGUUGUUCUAGAUAUUUUCUGAUCUCAUGUAAUGGGGUAAAAAUCAAUAAUAUCACUUUAAAUCUAUAUCUCUUUUUCACAAGAUCAGGAAAAUAGAAGUCUUGUAUUCCACUUGUUCUUGGUGGAAAAUCAUGCAAGCAAUUCUGAUUUAGUGAAACAUUUUCGUUUUAUGGUCAGAAUGUGUUGUGAAUGUUAGAUGAGAAUGUUGUUAGUUUAGCUCAUGCACAGAUGACGAUGCUCUUUGCAUGAUGUGCCACAAAGGACUAGACCUACUUUAUCAUAUAAUUGUCUAAUAUGAUAGUUUUUCACAUAAAUAUAUAUUUCAGAGGUGUAAUGGAUCAUGAUGCAAUACCGUGAAAGGUGAAAUGUCAUUUUCAGGAAGAAUAAUUCUUGAUUUAAACCAAAGUAUGUUUGGACAGUGUGAACCAUGUUGAAUAUUUGUCUGGUUUUCAAAACCUCAAUCUACUUUAAUAUAAAUAUACUACUUUAAUAUAAAUAUACAAUCAAAGUAAUCUGGGCUGUCAUGUGUUUAUUAAUUGUUCUGAAAUGCUAAGUUGUUUGGUUAAUUUAACAGAAAUUAAUAGGUUGUUCAAGUAAAUAUGUACUUGUUAAUGUCCUUCAGCAUUGCAACUUUUUGAUAUAUACCAUUUAGGUACUAUUUUCCAAAGGACAUAUAUAUAUAUAGUUAGAUUUGAAUAUGCAUAAUCUAGUUUCACAUAAUUUAAGCACAACUGGAUGUGUAAUGUUGAAAACUGUGUUAUUGUAGGGUAAAACAUAAUAUGAUUGAAGUAAUUUGUAGUACUCUUCAUUGAGUAAGUACAUAGUCAACAAUAAGUCAGUAUAUUUAGUUUUCAUCUUAGUAGCAUUGUGAUUGUUUAUUUUGUUCAUUCCAUUACAACACAUAUUGUUUUCCUUUGCAAAAGUCUACAGAGGUGUCUAUAUUCCAGGAAUUCAUAUUUUGUUUGCCCCAAAACAGAAAAAUAAAAUAUAAUGCAUAUCAUCUGGUUUUUCCAUUGAAUGAGUAUGGCUACCUUAUGUUUCUUCUCUACAGUGGUUAGCUGAGGGGAAAAGCUACUAGCAUGUACAUAUCUGCUAAAACCAAUCAAAGGACAGUCAGUCUUAAGGACAGUUCAGUUCUUGUUCUUUUUGUUGGAAUGUCUGGGUCAAUUCAUAAUGAAACAGGAGACAAGUGAGACAACAGGUGACUUUAUUGAAUGAAUUUUAUUACAAAGAAAAAGAAAACUCAGUGCAAGCUUGCUUUCUCUUAUACAAGGAGUUUUGUGUGCUGCCUUUGUUUUUUAAGUUUUCAAAAGUUAGAAAGGUUUAUCUAUCAAGCAAUAAUUAUUUUUAGCCAUUUUUGUUCAUCAUGUAAUUUCUGUUAAUUAAGCCUUCUGACUGAAUUACAUUUGCUCUAGGUGGUAAUUUGGAUUGAGAAAAUUAUAGAGAGUGUUUGAACUUACUAUGAAUCGUCUUCAAACAUAAUUAUGUUUGAAUGCUGUUUUAGAUUGGAUUGAUGGUGUAAGUUUUUGCUGUCUCGUCAUUAAAUAAUUAGAGAAAGCAUUAUGUAUAAAAAUAUACACCUGUGAACAGCUAAUGCGUCCCUCGCAAUAUGAUUCCAUAUAGAACAGACAUAUUUGUAAAUUGCACGCUGUAUAUUUUUUUAAUGUAAAAAAUUGAUUUUGUUUACAAAGAAACAUACUUAUAUUGAAAUGAUUAAAAUGAAAUGGAUUAUGUUAGGACGUGUUCUUUAACUUCACCAUGGCAAUAGUUAUUGACUAACACCUUCAACUGCAUCCCGAACUACUUUGCAUAAUAAGUUCCUUGGUUAGCCCAGUGGUUAAAGUGUUCGAUUGUCCCACCAAAGUCCAAGGUUGAUUCCCCGAAUGGGUACAAUGUGUGAAGCAUUGUGUAGGAUGUUGUUGUAUUGCUCUGAAACCAUACCCAUUCUCUCUUUUACCUUAUAAAAGGAUCUGUGACCAUUUUGAGAAACAUACAGAGUUGUAUGUGUAAGUUGGACAUUACACAAAGUGAGAUCUCUCACAUGUGUACAUAUUCCCUUAAAUACACACGGAAGAUUGGACUAUAUAUAGAAUCUCGCCCAAGUGUCUUCUGAGAUAAAGAAUGUCAAGAUUAGCUGAUGAAAAGAACAAAUGUUUCAGACUUGCCAAGGGUAUUUUACUUUUAUCAGCAAGUCCGUGAGAUUCUGUUUAUCAUCCAGAGUCCUUCUUCUAACUUUACCUGUGUGUAAGGGCAUCAUAUUUUUUUGUGUUUCACGUAGCCACCAAAUUCUGAACACAGGUUGGUCGGGGGAAAACAGAAAAAGAAUAUACUUAAUAAAGACAAAAUUUUCUGAAAAAUGUUCUUGAUUCUCAUUUAUUGUAAUUCUUAUUACAAUUUCUCGCGUUCUUUGGACUUGUGACAGCAACUGAUUAUAAGAUAACCAUUUUAUAUAUAAUGAGGCAGUUUUAGGUUUUAGGGCGAUGAGAAACACAAAAUAUAUAAAUGCUGCUCUAAGCAGUUAGAACCAGUGUAGUAUAAAUAGAACAGCUCCAGCUUCAGUGUCAGAUUAGUGAUGUCAUUUUGAUUGUGACAUCAUGGCAACUGAUGACAUCACAAUGGUCUCCAAAGUAUUGUGAUCCAUUUUCAUUGUAGUGAUAUCUCCUUGUAGUUAUCUCCUGAUCUCACCCAGGUCAUAUCUUAUGUACAAGCCUACUUUGUACUCAUGGAAAUCUGGGUUAGAAUUGAUCUUCAGCAACCCAACUAGACCGGGUGGUCAGCAGGCUAAAUGAGUUGGUUGAUACGUGUCAUAUCCCACCUGCAUAGAUCAAUGAUGAUGAUGUCAUUUACUAUAUUGUCUUGUCCAGACUCGAUUAUUUACAGACAACUUUCAGAUAGAUGGAAUAUUACUGAGUGCGGCUUUUAACAACAAACACACAGCUUUGGAAGAUAUUGAAGUAAAAAAAUGGGUGUCUCUUACUUGUUUCAAGGUCAAUAUGUACAGAGAAACAUAUCAACUAAGUAAUAGAAGGUGUGUGUUUAUAGGCAUACAGCUAUAUGUAGUCUCUAGGAAGAUAGUAUGUUGUUACUAUGGUGAUACACAUAAUGUACAUGAAUUUCAUCUAGCUCGUCUUAAUGAGUAGCAUGAUUAGUGAGAUACAUUAAGAUAUGGAUAGAACUUUCUUGUGUAAAUAGUAAUGUUUAAAAGGAAUUUCUUAUCUUCACUUGGUUUAAAUGUGCCCAAUUUCACAAAUGUGAAAUGAACUUAUUUUCUUCAUCCCAAGUCUGUUAACUAUGGUUAGUGAUUUGUUCUUUAAUAUUGUCAAUAAGUGAUUGAAAGUACUUCUUAAACCUAUCAUUUCAAACAAACAUUUUCAGUCCUUUUUCUCCAAUUUCUUUGAAUCUCACAUAUGGGGAAACUCUGAAGAAUUGGUUAUGAAUGUAGCAUUCCAAUCACAACUAUGGUGUAGGAAAGGGGGUGAUAUAGCAAUGCUUAAUAAGAAAUAGGGAGAGUCAUACAUAACUGAUGAAACCAUCAUCUCUCAUGUGUUGAGCGGAGUUGAAAAAUUGUCAGACGUUUCUGGAGCCUGUCAAAUAAAGGUUCAAGUUGGAUUUUCUGAAGGAAGAAUGUAUUUGACAUUUUUAUGAUGACAGCAUGACCCAAAGUUGAUGCAGUUGAAAAAGGCAUGAAAGAUAUCUCCUUCACAUAGACAUGUUACAGGGGAUGAUUCAGGAACCUUAGAUGACUACACUUCUGAACUUUUGACUAUGUGAUAAUGUGGACUUCAAGAAAACAUAAGCAUCCUUGGCACCGAUGUACCAUAAACCAACAUAUAAAGCAUCAUUUGUUUAUUCCAUAGUUCUUUUAAUGGUUCCAGCGGGAAACAUGUACUUCCAUGUGAGAGAUUGUGGUUAUGUAUCUACUGUUUGUAUCAGGUCCGGAUACCUGAAGGCCCUGGUGGUGGCAGAUCUUCUUUGUUGCAAAUCCUGGAUGUGAAAGGUAUUGACAACAGGUGGUAGCAGGUCCUCAUCAUUACUGGGGCUGGCUGUUCCUCUUCUGCACAGCCUGUCAGAGUUCUUCUUGUCGAAGGAUACAUAGUUGCAAAACCUGAUGGUUGAAGAUCCUGUGGUAGAUGCUCCUUGUGGUAGGUGAUCCCAUCGUGGAAGGACCUUCAUUGUACCAGGUUCUAAUGGUAGAUGGGUCCAUCAUAAAUUGUCCUGGUAGUAGCAGGUGCUUGUGUAGAAGGUCCUGAAUUGUACCAGGUUCUAAUGGUAGAUGGGUCCAUGAUAAACAGUCCUGGUAGUAGCAGGUGCUUGUGUAGAAGGUCCUGAAUUGUACCAGGUCCAUGUGGUAGACUGUACUUUGAUAAACAGUCAACAGUAGUAGGUCAGUGUGGUCAACAGUUCCAUUGUAGAGGGUCCUGGUCAUAGCAGGUCCUUUGGUUGUAGGUCCUGGUGGCAGUAGGUCCAGGUGAACUGGAUCAGUCACAGCAGAACAGAGGGCGUUAUGCAGAUUAUUUAUGUGUAUAUAUUAAAGAUUUCUUAAAUUAAAAUCAAAAUAUUUAUUGUCCUUUUUUCAUUGAGAAGAUUGAUACAUGCCAUUAUGAAACUUGCAGUAAAGCUGUUUAUCCUCAUUUCAAGUUUCUAGGAUCUGAGAAAACAUAUUUUAUCUCCUCGUCUUAUUAGGUGAGCUGUAGACUGCUGACACCUGCUUCAGUUUAGUAACACAUACCAUUUGGAAUUUACAUCAAAUAUCAAAUGAAAAAAUCAAUUGCUAGUUCUUUAAUUUCUUUUGCACUGUUUAAUUUCCUCAGCAAUAUUUCACAUAUUACAAAGUAUUAGUAAUAUGAAUUUUGUUCAUGAGUACCAGUAUGUAUAUUUUUAAUAAUAAGUGUAGGCCAAGCCCUCGUCUCUGUGGGAGUAUGAGUGUUGUAGCGACAGCUGGCCUCCCCAACCUCUCUAGCAAUAGACCCACUGUUCGUGGGAGAUAGCUGUACAUAUUGUUGAUGAAGAUCAUCUUGCCUUACAUCAGUCCGCACUGUCCAGUGUAGUCAGUCACACCUCUUUGUUAAAAAAUGUCAAAGAAUUUCAGAUUUUAUCUGUGUCCUUGUUUGUGGUGUAAUAGGAAUGGUUUCUUGGUAGGUCUAACAACGCAUAUAUGUCGGAGAAAUCAAGGGGAAUUCAUAUCAAAUUCAUGCUAUUUCACUUCUUAUUGAUUUAGUUUGAACAAAGAAAAUAUACUGAUGAAAAGAAAAUAAUCAGUGUCAGAUUCUUAUCAGAUAUUUUCACGACAUAGGUACAGAAGUGCCAGGUUUUCAUGGAUGUGUAUAUAAGAUGUCAGAGACUAAAUAAUCUCGAUUACUCCACAAAAACAGAUUAAUCUGAGCAAAAUAGGGGAAAAAUUGAAUGGAUCAAAGAAAAUCAGCUAUGACACAAGAAAUUUCAAACCAUCUCCUGAUUCCCUUUGACAAGUAACCUUAAUUCUUUUCAUCAGUAUACAUUGAUAAUUGAUUGCUGUGAUUUCAUUUUCACUCAACACUACUAGUUACAUCAUUGUGAUAUCUCAAACUUAUCAUCUUAUACUAAACUUGAAAGACAAAUGUCCCAGUUUAAGUGCUGCUGUUUUUUAGUAAAUACACUUUAUACAGUGAUUAACAUUCAAAAUUGAUGGUACAUCUUUUACAGGCUCAUUCCAUCCAGAACUUUGCAGAAAUACUUGGCGAGAUUUGUCUAGAGGAUAUUCUCAGAUAACAAAUGUCUCAGAAAACGAGUGAAGAGUAAGAUCUUUUCAAAAUGUUGACAGCAUAUGGUUACUUAUGAGGUUCUUAAAAGUUGUUGAAUAUUUAUGUUCACAGUAAUGAAUAUUCAUCAUCUCAUCUUUGAAUACCCUUCAACAAACUACAUUCUUUGUCUUCGCAUGCUUAAAUGACUUUUUCAUAGAAUAAGUGUAAUCAGUUUAUUUGAUAACUAUGCAUUGUAAAUGUUUGUUGAAUUCUUGAAAUUUUCAUCCUGUGGUACACGUUGACGUGUACUCAUGACUGACAUUGCGACAGGACUGAAUAUUAUAGGUUGGCAGCCUAUGUGUGGCGAAUAUGUCUGUCAUGUUUGUUAUUUGCCCUGAUUGAGCAUAUGUACUAGUGAUUAUAUGCCUUAUAAGGAUGUCAUAUCAGUGAGAGAUUCCACCUGGACAUUUUGAGGUCAUUUUUGACCUUGGCCUCAGGGUUAUCAAGGUCAUGCUUGCAUUUUGAUCUACUUUUUCAUCUUGUAUAUACUUUCUUAGUACACAUUUCCACUUUGUGUGAGAUUUGGAUUUUUCUUGGCACUACAAAUUCAGACUUGUGUAUCAGCAUUGUUUUGGAAGCAGCAUAAUGCAUUUGUGCUUAAGUUUCUUUUAAAAAAGUAAUUAUUACUUGUGACAAGAGGUAUAACAUUUGAAACACAAUCUGAACUUGUAUGCCUUUAUGCUAUUAAAGGGAGAUAAUCCAACAUAUUUUGAAUAUGUCUGCUUCUAUUUUCAAAUCAAAUCUAUGGCAUCAAUUCUUUUCCUGAAUGAAUGUCUUAAACGUUUUGGUCUUUUUUAACACAUAAAGUCUUACAAAGAACUAAAAUUUACUACUGUGAGUUGUCUCCCUUUAUGGUUGUUGAUGACCUUGACCUGUUGACCUCGAUGUAGUUUCUACCAUGUCCAGUCUGCUAGUGUACCAGAUGAUUGGAAUAUAUGUGAGUACCUAGUUGUGUACAUAGCCAGGAUGUGUAAACUUUGAAUGUUUUUGUCUUAUAUGACAUGGUAACAUAUUUUUGUAAAAAAAAGAUCAGGAAUAAAAAUUUUGUUUCA